CCAACGACUCUAGUUCCUGCGUGGUUUCAGGCUCUGCCGUAAUCGUUUCCUCGCCCGUCUCUGGAAGGCCAUGCGCUGAUUUGUCUUCCACUUCGACACCAAAUGGUUGUUCUUCACUCGCAGGCUGUUCAACCAUCUGCUCGGAAUCUUCCCCCGUUGGCAUUUGUUGUUCCACGUCUCCUACCACCUCCUGACUCAAUCCUUCCGCAACAUUUCGCUCACUAUUGGACUCCUCCUCUUCCUGCACUGACACUGCUCCAGUCUCUUCGUCUACAGCCUGAAUAGUUUCAACUGCGGGCGUGCAUAGCUUAUCUCCAUCACCCGCUUCCUCCGGUACGUUGGCUGUUGAUGGUUCAUCUUGGCUUGGCACAUUGGCAUCCAGCUCAACGGGUUUGCGUUCUUCGUCGGAGGGAAUGGAAACUGGGUCGCUUUCGACAUUCUCAGGCUCGAGUUGGGGUGGGCAAGCGAAAGAACUCGCUUGCUCUUGCUCUACCUGCGGAGAUACCAUGUCAUCAGUCCAAGUCAGAUCUUUAUCGUUCUCGCCGUGGAUUUCGGUGCCGUGGGACUGAUUGUCUUUACCGUCAUCUUCAGCAGGUAAGAUUGCCGUCUCAGGGGACAUUUCCGCGCGUUCCGUUUCGCUUGGCACUUGAGUUUCGCUCG